AUGGCUUCUCAAGAACCAAGACAUACUUACCAGGUGUUAAGCUCCGAAGAAAUUCGUCGGCGUAAGAAUGCCAAGAGGGGCAUUCAGUUUUGCAUUAUGGUUAUCGGCGAAACUGGUAGUGGUAAAACUACUUUCCUAAACAAUUUGUGUAAUAGACAAAUCUUUGUGGAAGACGAACCAAUAGAUCCAAGUAAGGCUCAUAUGAACCCAGGAUUGGAAAUAUUUACUCAUCAAGUUCAACUUCAUGAAGAAAACUCUACUCCAAUCAGCUUAGACAUUAUUUUAGCUCCAGGGCUUGGCGAUAACAUUGAUAACUCAAGAAUUCCAGGCCAAGUAGUAAAAUACUUGGAGACGCAAUUUGAUUCGGUGUUAAAUGAAGAGAUUAGAAUUAAAAGAAACACCAGAAUCAUGGACACUAGGCCUCAUGCAUGCUUAUAUUUUAUUAGAGCUACCUCCAGAGGAUUGAGAGAGUUUGAUACUCAAUUGAUGAAGGAGCUAUGCACUAAGGUUAAUAUUAUUCCGAUAAUCAGCAAAGCUGAUCUUUUCACUGAACAAGAAUUAGUGUUGAAUAAAAAAUUGAUCAUGAGGGAUAUCAAGGCAAACAAUAUAAAGAUCUAUGAUUUUGCCAACGAUAAGUUGGAGGAUACCUUGGUUCCUAUUGAUGAUAAUCCCGUUAACAUCGAGAAAUAUGAUACUGAGAAGGGUACUACUGGCUUCAAUACAUAUGGUAGAUCAGUCAUCGACGAUUCUAACUAUGUGAAUGAGGUUAACUCUGCUACUAGGAUUCAGGAUAUGUUGCCAUUCGCCAUUGUUAGCAGUAAUAAAAAGAAGCAAUAUCCAAACGGUGAAGUCUACCACGUCAGAGAGUAUCCAUGGGGCGAUGUGAGAAUUGAAGACCGUACUCAUUCCGAUUUCGUUUAUUUGAAGAGUAUAUUACUAGGCUCUCAUUUGCAGGACUUGAAGGAUACAACUCAUGAUGUCUUGUAUGAAAAUUAUAGAACUGAGAAAUUGAUGUCUAGAAACCCAACAGUUUCAGCAGACAAUGGGGGACAAGACUCAACCAUGAUGAGCUUCACACUCAACGGGGAUGAUGUUUCCAGUGUAAACAAUGCAAUGAAUAAUGCAGCUCUUAACUUGAAUCAUAAUAGUCUAUAUAGCGUGAGCCAUUCCAGAGGUAUUAAUGUUCAUGAAGAAGAGGAACAUGAUUUCAGCCCUGUCAAUAAUAUUGGACAUGAUGACAGUGGCCAUAAUGGUCAUAACAUGCCUAAUAGUCAUGGUCACGGCAGCAGAUCACAAUCUAGUGCAUUUACAAACGAUUACGCUGGCAUGGAAGACUUCCAACUUAAAAGCCAACUCCAGAAAGCUAGAGGGCAGAGUUACGCCGCAGACGUGGACUAUAUUAACCAAGAAAAAGGACUAGCUAUUUAA